ACCCAAUAGCUAGAGACUCUGUAGAGAGUAGAGAUUAGAUAGAGAGAAGAAGAAGAAAAGGAUAUUCCUCUUCACCCUUUUUGAUUCUCAAACCCAAACACUGCAUUUGCAGGGGUUUAUCUUUAUCUAGAACCAGCAUCAGAGUCAAAUCCACUUCACUCUUUGAAGUUCCUCUUCACUCUACAGCGACUUCUUCCUUUUUUGAGUUUUCACCAGGAGUGUUCUUAAAGUAGUUAGAGGAUCCUUUGAUCGAGAUGGCUCAAUUGCUAUCCUCUUCUUGCUCCUUGACUGUCUGCUCUAGAAAUAAACCUUACUUAAAACCCUUUGACAAAUGUUCAACACCGUUUUCUAUGAAGGUUGCUUGCAAUAAUUCCAAAUCUCCAUUUAGAAGGCUUUUCUUGCAAGAACAGAAGCCUAGAAAAGAUUCUCUAGUAGUACAUGCUGCUGCAGUUUCAACUAGCCAGGGAACCCCAGUUCAAACUAGCUCUAGCGACCCUUUUAAACAACAGCGAGUCAUGGUCAUUGGUGGAGAUGGAUACUGUGGUUGGGCAACUGCCCUCCACCUUUCUAACAAGGGUUAUGAGGUUGCCAUUGUUGACAGCCUUGUUCGGCGCCUUUUUGAUCACCAGCUUGGACUGGAUUCUCUAACACCAAUUUCUUCCAUCCAGAAUCGCCUUCAGUGUUGGAAAUCUCUCACUGGAAAAACUAUUGAGCUCUACAUCGGUGACAUAUGUGAUUUUGAGUUCUUAUCUGAAACCUUCAAGUCAUUUGAGCCUGAUGCUGUUGUCCACUUUGGGGAACAGCGGUCUGCUCCCUACUCUAUGAUAGACCGGUCAAGAGCUGUGUAUACCCAGCAAAACAAUGUUAUUGGGACACUGAAUGUGCUCUUUGCCAUAAAAGAGUUCAGAGAGCAAUGUCAUCUGGUGAAGCUUGGGACCAUGGGUGAAUAUGGGACACCCAAUAUAGAUAUUGAGGAAGGCUAUAUUACCAUUACUCACAAUGGAAGGACAGACACUUUGCCAUAUCCCAAGCAAGCUAGCUCAUUCUACCAUCUAAGCAAGGUACAUGAUUCACAUAACAUAGCUUUCACUUGCAAAGCUUGGGGGAUUCGAGCAACUGAUCUGAACCAAGGAGUUGUAUAUGGGGUCAGAACAGAUGAGACUGCAAUGCAUGAAGAGCUGUAUAACAGGUUUGAUUACGAUGGAAUAUUUGGAACUGCAUUGAAUCGGUUCUGUGUUCAGGCUGCUGUUGGUCAUCCACUUACUGUAUAUGGUAAAGGAGGCCAGACUAGGGGCUUCCUUGACAUAAGAGAUACAGUUCAAUGUGUCGAGCUUGCCAUCGCAAACCCUGCAAAGCCUGGGGAGUUCCGAGUCUUCAACCAAUUCACUGAGCAGUUUUCAGUGAAUCAACUUGCCAACCUUGUUACAAAAGCGGGUGAGAAGCUGGGCAUUGAGGUGAAAACUAUCAAUGUUCCUAACCCGAGAGUCGAGGCAGAAGAGCAUUACUACAAUUGCAAGAACACUAAACUUGUUGAUCUGGGACUGAGACCACACUUUCUUUCAGACUCUCUCCUUGAUUCACUGCUCAAUUUUGCUGUUCAGUACAAAGAUCGUGUUGACACAAAACAAAUUAUGCCUAGUGUGUCUUGGAAGAAAAUUGGGGUUAAAACAAAAACUGUUACAGCCUAAGAAGAUGGGGGUACAUGGCUGCUGGUAUAACCGUGUAUCCUGCGUGAUGUAUUGUUAGGUUAUGCUGCAUUGCCGUGAAUAUUUAAAAUUUCUGUAUUAUAGGACUUUUUUUCUUACAAUCCAUCUUUGUGACCCUCCUUAUGUAGAGUAGAUUUUUGUGCUUCAACUUUUCCACAAGAUCCAUGUUCAAACCUAGGUACUUGUUUUUUUUGUUCAGUGUUGAGCAUUUGGAAGUAUAUUGUAGGCACGUAAUAUCAAUGUAUUUUGUCAAAUAAGCAACAUGUGAAUAUGGCAACCAAUGAUGGUAAUUUUAUAUUUUUAA